UUAACCUUGUCUCGUAAUUUCUAAGUCUACGAAGGCGUUUACGCUGCUUGUUUACGUCGCGCGAUUCGUGGAAACCGGUUUUCUUAGGUUUAAAAGAAGAGUCGAGAAGUGACCAUUGCCACUUGACUGUUGGAGUUGUCAGUGCUGUGAUACCUGACCCCUAAAAUUUAUAGACUAUAUCGCGUGAAUAAAACACCGUUCCAGUUGCCUUGCACAACAGAGUAAUUUGUUUAUAUCUGCGUUUAAGCGUAUCUGCUAAGACGAGUUUUUCUUUGCAGUUUGUUGUUAUUUUAAAAUAUAUUAUAUAGUUUAUUUUUCUAAGAACAAUGAAAGUAAAAAUCGUUGAAUGUGUACCCAAUUUUUCCGAAGGCCAAAGUGAGGAGAUCAUUGAACAAAUUGCUAAGUCAAUUCGUAACACGGAAGGAGUUAGUCUUUUGGAUAUUGACUGUGGUCCCUCAACCAAUCGCACAGUUUAUACCUUUGUUGGUUCUCCAGAUGAAGUAAUUGAAGGAGCUCUUAAUGCAGCUAAGACUGCAUAUAAACUCAUUGAUAUGGCAAAGCAUAAAGGAGAACAUCCUCGUCUGGGUGCUCUAGAUGUCUGUCCAUUUAUUCCCGUCCAAGGAGUUGAGAUGGAAGAGUGUAUUUACUGUGCUAGGAAAUUUGGAGAGAAACUGGCUGCCGAGUUGAACGUUCCAGUUUACCUUUAUGGCUUUGCUGCUCAAAAAGAUUAUAGAAAGACUGUGCCCCAAAUACGAGCGGGGGAAUACGAGGGAUUAACAGAAAAGGUCAUGAAGCCCGAAUGGAAACCAGACUAUGGUCCUUCCGAGUUUGUAUCUAGAUGGGGAGCAACCAUGUGUGGAGCCAGAAAAUUUCUCAUUGCAUACAAUGUUAAUGUCUUGAGUACUAAAGAACAAGCUCAUAGAAUAGCAUUAAACAUCAGGGAGCAAGGAAGGAAUUCAGAACAACCAGGCCGUCUCAAAAAUUGCCAGGGUAUUGGAUGGUGGCUAGACGAAGCCAACUUGGCCCAAGUGUCCUUCAAUAUCACGGACCAUGAUGUUACUCCUAUCCACAUAGCUUAUGAGGAGGUGUGUAAAGACGCUCGAGAAUUGAGAUUACCAGUAACUGGGUCCCAGAUUGUUGGCUUGGUUCCAUUGCGUGCCAUGUUGCAAGCUGCAGAAUACUACAUUGAGAAGGAAAACCUAUUUGUGCUGGAAGAAGAUCAAAAAAUACAUCUUGCUAUCAACAGGCUGGGUUUAAACUCGUUAGGCCCUUUUAAUCCAAAAGAGAAAAUAAUUGAAUAUAUGCUUCCUGACCAACGUGUGGGUCCUCUGGCUAAGAAAACUGUGCAAGACUUUGUCGAAGCAGUAGCUGCACGAUCACCAGCACCAGGUGGUGGGUCAGUUGCUGCUGCUGUUGCUACUAUGGUAAGUGGGGGAGCAUACGUCAGUGGGGGAGAAACUUUUGAAGAACACAAU